GGCAAUGACUAAAAAUAUAAAAUAUCACCUGAAUUUCGUAUUUGAAAUGCACUCAUUCUCUGCGUUCGAAGUGAACAAGAUGCGUUUUGUUGCUGCUCCCGUCCUGCUGCUGUUGUUGGUGUGCUUCGCUAAUGCGGAUGUGAAUGAAUGGAGGAGAAAGAUGGCCGGGUACCAAGAUGCAUGUGUCAAAGAGCUGAAUUUGGCAGAAGGUCAAUUUAAAACUUUUGAGGAAACAAAGCCGUUCACAACUCUGGAGGAAUUCUCAGUAAAUGAUCGAUGCUUAAUGAAGUGUGUGAUGGAAAAGGAAGUUGGCCAGACUGCGGAUGACUUUGAUAAGUUUUUCGAAAAAAGAAUACAACUUCUUGACAGAUUUGGAUCCAAAAAAUCGCCAGAGAUCCGAAAAACACUCAAAGAUUCUUUAGAAGCUUGCAAGGACCAGAGGGGAGAAAACGCUUGCGACACAAUUGUCAAGUUCCACCUUUGCAAGAAGGCAAAUUUGGACAAGGCUGGCAUGCGAUUUCACUAAUAGAUGGACAAUUUGACUGAAAUGCGUCACCAGUCAUCAUUUUCAAAUUUUGCAUAAAUGUCCUUUGAAAGAUGAUUGCAAAAUACAAAAAAAAAUUACAUGCAAAUUACAAUUGGUGUUUUAUUUGCAAU